AGCCCGGAGCACAACACACGGAGGGCCGCCGACGACGGCGACGUUUGGCGUUCGCUUCUUCGUUCUAUUUAUUGCUGCGCUGCGGUCCGGACACGCGCUCGCUGCCGCGCCAGUCCAUCCAAGCCAACAUUGGCGAGCGUGCGGCUGUUUCGCUCCAACCCACUCUCACUCUCUCGCUGUGUCUCGCUCUCUCUCUCUCUUAGAUGGGUGUUCUUGUCCCCCUUUUGCCCACACACACACACACACAUGCACUGCUAGCCCGCAGCGAUCGUUCGUCCGUCCACGGGAGGGAGGGCCAUUUCAUUCGCGGUCCGCCGAUCGUUUGCGCUAAACGGUGUGUGCUGUCGUGCCCAGCCUCGACCAGCAGCAGCAGCAGCAGCAGUAGUAGUGAUAGUAGGUUCGAUUGGCUCGAGAAUUGGCGCGGGGUGCGGGUCUGCCUCUGCUCACAUAAUCCUUUGGGGGGACGGCUUCGAUCUGUGCGCAACAACAGGGUCAUUGAAUCGGAAUGGGCUCCACGCAGGAAUUAGGUGGCAGCUGAGCAGCAGUUGCAGUGUCCCGGGGCUUUUGUAUUUUAUACGUUCCUUGCGUUUGGUGUGUGUGUGUGUGUGUGUGUGGCCCAGGCCCACCAGUGCGUUGUGUGUUCCUCCGAACGACCGAUGGAAGCGCCUGGUCGUUCACGAUCAGUGCGCACAUCACCUUUGCUCCACCAACAAGAAAGUCAACGGUCGAUCGGUCGCGGUAAAGAUCACGAUUCGACCCCGAACCGAAUGUGCGCGUGAGGCAGGAAGUUUUACAGGAUUGGUAGCACGCGCACACACACAGGAUUGGUGUGUUCAGUGUUCCGUAGUGUACAUGCAGCCGCACGCGGUGUGCGCGAAAUAGUGGCGCACACAUCGCAAAACACCUCCAACCGUGUACAACGACGGGGGGCAAAAGCUGAAAGGAAAUCGAAUCGCGCGUUUCCGUCCGUUCGCUGAAGUGACCUAAAAUUGGCCUUUAUUUUUAAAAAUGGACACCGCAAACACGCACCCACUUGGAGGUCGGCCCGGUAGCUGCACCGGAGGAGGAGGUGUCGGUGGUGGUGGUGGUGGUGGUGGCGGUGGAGGAGGAGGUGGUGGAAGAAUGCCAGGAGCAGCGGGCAGUUCAAGUCCGCAGCAGUUCUGCCUUCGAUGGCACAAUCAUCAGGCAAGCCUGCUCAGCUCGCUGCCGCUGCUGCUCGACCAGUCGCACCUUACCGACGUGACGCUGAUGGCGGAGGGGCAGAAAAUUAAGGCGCACCGGGUCGUCCUGAGCGCCUGCAGCACGUUCUUCUCCGAGCUGUUCCGCACGCUCGAUGGCGCCCAGUACCCGGUGGUGGUGCUGCCGGGCGCAUCGUACCACGCCGUCGCCGCGCUGAUCACGUUCAUGUACUCGGGCGAGGUGAACGUGUACGAGGCGCAGAUAUCCGUCCUGCUGUCGCUCGCCGAAACGCUCGGCAUCAAAGGGCUGGCCGACUUUAACAGCAACCCGAACAAAUCCAGCACACCGUCGACGGAAGCGUCGUCGUCGCGGGACUCCGACGUACCGUCGCCGUACCAUUCGAUGAAGGUGUCCUCGCCGGUCGACAACUACUUCGCCCGCCCGUACGCGUUCGGGGCGGACCUGUUCGAGAUGCGCCACGGGGCGCAGGCACUCAAUCUGAUCACCAACGCGGGCGGCUCAAAUGGAGCGGCAGCAUCGAACAGUGCCGGCACGGGCAGUGCCCCGCACAGCGAAGGAUUCGCCGGCAACAACGCCGCGCACACAAUCGCAGCCAAUCUUUCCACCAGCAAGUCCGGCGACCUUUACGCGCGGUUCGAAGCCGAACGGAACGAGCAAAUGUCGGCGGAAGCACUCUGCAAGCUGAACGAACUGAACCUGCACGCCGAGAGCGCUCUGCUGAAGGAGAAACAGCAACAGCACCAUCUAAACCGGUCAGCCACGCCGGUACGCAUGGCGGGCUACGCGCAGCAGCACGCGAACUCGCCCCACAACACCGCCGCUGCCGGUGACGCCCGGUCCGUCGUCGAGUCGGCACUGUUCGGCAGCUUUGGCAACGACAAUGGCCGGGAUUGCAAACUGUCCGCAAAUGGACCGCUCCUGCUCGGACUGAAGCUAAAAGAGGAAGACAUUUCCGACAGCAUGCACCACCAUCAGCUCAACCAAUCGUACGGUUCCGUCCCGUCCACACCGACCGCACAAACGCCCGGGCUGGAGGAUGCGGGGCGCGUUUCCCAGCCGAGCGCCGCGACGCGCAAAACACUGGCCGCCCAGGACACGGCCACGAGCAAGCGCAAAAAGCUGGAACAAAUCACGGAAAGCCUGAUCGAAACGCUGAAACAGUCCACCGAGUCCGGCAACAAGCUGCCACUGCAUCUGUUCAGCAAACCGCCGACCGUGACGCCGGUCAGCAGCACGCAGAACCCGUACCUGGCGCACCAUCACUUCCUCACGAACGAGAGCGCCUCCAAGACGCCGGAAAACUUUAGCCUCGAGUCGUCGCACCCGAACGCCGCCUCGAACGCGAACGCGCUGCGCGCUUCGCCUUCGAUCGCGACCGCCACCACGCUCGGCACGGCCGCGUCACCGACGACGACCGCACCACCCGGCACCGGGUCGCUGCUCGCGCUCACCCCCUCCUCCUCGCCCGCCAGUGCGAACGAAAAUCUGAUCAAAACGCUUCACAUUACCCAUCCGGCGCAGGUAGCCGCGCUGCAGCAGCAGCAGCAGCAGUCAUCACAGCAAUCAGCCACGCAGAAGCCUCCCUCGUCGAAGCUGUACGCCACGUGCGUCAUUUGCAACAAGCAGCUUAGCAACCAGUACAAUCUGCGCGUGCACCUGGAAACGCACCAGAACGUUCGCUACGCUUGCCAGGUGUGCUCGCACGUGUCGCGGAGCAAGGAUGCGUUGCGAAAGCACGUCUCCUACCGCCAUCCGGGCACACCGAGCCCGUGCGAUCCGGACACGAAGCGGAAGCGCUCGAAGGGCAACGCGUACAGCCAGCUGGCGAAGCAGGACGGGCUGGCGGAGCAGCAGGCCGCAGCUAUCCUGAACCACCACCAGCAACAACAGCAGCAGCAGCAGCAACAACAGCAAGCAAGCAAUCUGCUUGCCAACCUAACAGCGCAGGGUCCGCUACCAUCGUUCCUGCAGUCGAUUGCCGCGCACAACAAAUCGGCCGCCCUGCUGUUCAACCAAACGGUGUCGGUGGCGGCACUAGCACAGGCAGGGCAGGCCUGCAAUCCGGCCACAUCCACCACGCCACCCGCGCCAGCCGGUGGGCCAGCCGAACUGGGCGCGACGCCGGGCAAGCGGGAUGCCACCACCGGUGCCACGGGUUCGGGCGAGACGGACGGUGUCGAAGACGGACGGCCCAAAUCGGCACCCGAUGGGAAGGUGGACGAUUCGAAACCGGAUGACCACCCAUCCGCCCAAACGACCAAACAAUCUGACAAAGACAUUUAAAAAAGACCCCGACGCUGUUGUGCCGUACUCAAGUGGGAGGAGAGAGAAAGAGAGAGAGAGAGAGAGAGGAAGGAAGGAGUCCAACACCGGCUAGACAUGGUGCCAGGAAAUGAGAGAAAAAGAGAUAGAGAGAGAGAGAGAGAAAGAGAGGAAGAAACAUGCAGCCACCCUUGCCCGGAAAGGCAAAAUGCUGCGGAAUUUUACUGAAAAAAGACAUUAGGUUUUAACGCUAUUUAACUAUACAUACGCCGUAAUGGCGCUAGUGCUAAUACGAGAUACGAGUUGAUGUUGGAGUGCAUACGCGCAAGCAUCCCCUCAUCCCCCACCCCUCUCUACAAGCGUGGCAUUCGGAAGGCCCCGUCACCCACACCGUCCUUCGCCAGCGCAACGGUUUUGCGCAAACUUAGGCAAAAUUUACGAUUUUACAUCUCCAUCUCCAGCUUGAAUUUCGUAUUGUUUUACAAAGUUUUUCUUAGUUUCCUUCGUUCAUUUUUUUUACGCACAGAUUAUUUCCCUUUAUUUGCCCUCAGUUGUACUUAAACUUGUUCCCUAGCUGUGAUAGUAAGACAAUAUUUUUGUAUAGACCUGUAAAAGCUCUUUGCGUAAGACCUUUGUUUCGAACGAUCCUACUGCAAUCGGCCAGCAUAAACGUUGGGAAUCGCGUGGCUCAGAUGGCGUACAGUUUUUUAGGCUUUCGGUUUCGCCCAACUCAGCUGCUGCUGCUACUACUAUUAUUUCUCACACUCAGUACACACACACUGAGGUAACAACAACCUAUGUGCCUUACUUCAUAGUAGAAAAAACACGCACUGUUACAUUUAAAAGCUCUGCUACCUCACAAAAUAGAGAGAGAGAGACAACCGUAGAUGAAACAUGCAGGACCGAAUGUACCACUUCUUCGACGUGGUUGCCAUGGAGCGUUUAGGAAAGAGAAACGUGUAAGCUGCUGUACUGUAUAGCGAAAUUGCGCGUCCCAUUUUAUAGCUGUCGAUCGUUUGUUAGGACGGACGGAACCUUCUUCGAACACUUAAAAGACAUUUAAUUACCUACCCAGCGCCUCUCGCACGUUAGUGUUGGACAUUUUCGCGAGAGGCCAAUUUUUCUUUCCACCCCGUAUGUAGUUUCUCCCCGAAUUGAGUUGUUUUUGGUGUAGCUAUUAUUUCAAAAACCUCUACUACCCCAAUCACACCGGAGGGGCACGUGGGGCCCCUCCUCUCCCGCUCCACCAUAUAUUUAUAUUCGAUCUAGUCUUUUUACCCUUUUAUGCGCUCUCCCUCACCCCCCACUCCUACUGCCCUCGCACAUCCAACGCCAUAAAAAGCUGGCACACUACAGAGGGUGGAGUGGGGUGGCAUGAUUCGGUGGCACCGAGGAUGGAAACGGGGGUUUGACAAAAAAAAGAGGACGCAAUACAGAAGAAACAUAAGAAAAGACAAACCUUUCUCUUUUAAGGAUAAUGGAUAGGUUAGUAAAUUUAAAUGAUAUUUGAUAACACCUUAUAUUACCACCAGCCCUGGCAGAAAAAUGUGUUCUUUUUCCCUCCCGAGCCGCGGUUGGUUAAGACAUGCGCGCGCACACACACACACAAACCCUGCGCGAACCUGCACUGCACACCCCACCACCGUUACCUACUGCGCUUACGCCUACCGUCGUACAGGAGGGAAGGGGAGGAGAGAAGAAAGAACGGUUCAAUGUUACCAAAACGGGAUCGAAGUGCACGGACAUCACCAGUUCGCAGUAGGCGCGGUAGGGUGGGUGCGAGACAGGUGUUAUUAAGAAGCUCUAUGGCCUCUCUGGAAAAGAAAUUAGUGAAAAUCUGUUUUAAUCAAGUAUAAAUAAUGUUGACCUGUUUUUUUUUUGUAGACCACUGUGUUGAAACGAAUCAUAAACUAAACUAAUACCAGUACACAAAACACACACACCAAAA